GUACGUGCUAAGUCCUUGUUUGCUAGCAGGUGAUUAGCCUGACUUGUUUGUUUAGCAACUAGCUAUCUGGUGUGUUUCAUCACCUGCUUUGAUAUGGACAGGCCAGUGUGAGUGUGGACUAAUCUCUAGACUUGUCUUUUGCAAUUUAGUCAAAGAUUAUUGACUUUGUCAAAAAUGUAUUUGACUUAAUUAGCUCGCCAGUGCUACCAAAACCUGAACCUAAACAGCAGCGUCACAUCAUUGGAGGCCUUAUGCUCCGUCUGACAGAUCUGGACAUUUACCAGGAAUAAUAGAUUGUUAAUUUGAAACUUACUAGUUACGUCUGAUUCAAACGGUUCAUAGACUUGUCCUCUUCCUCUGACUCAGCUUAACGUGCUAACGUUACGUGAGUCCCUUAUUAUGGCCACUGGAAGUCAUGUUGGAAGUAAUGCAGAAGUCCACAGGCUCAAGCAGGCCCAGCCCCAUGAUCUUCUCAAACGUAUGGUUUGUUCUGGAGAUGAGAAGAACAUGAGGGAGGUGGAUUAUUCACUUAAGGACGAAACCGAUCAAGAGAGAUUUCCAGUGGGCCGUUGUGUGCACAAAUACAGCAAAGCGAAGCGAGUGGUGGUUAGCAAGAAGAAAACACGUCACUCUGGGGUGGGAUCAAGAGUAUGUCGGAGAUCGCCCACCACAAGCAGGACAUCUGACAUGGCAAACAAAGAAAAUGAACUGACCUGUGCUGAUGACGUGCAGGCUAUUCUUUACAGUGACAACUGUGGGUUCCCUGUGAACUCAACAGACACCUCAAAAAUGGCAGGAGCUGGCUCCAAAUACAGUGAUUAUUUCACUGAGUUAUCAAAGGACCAUGAAGCAAUGACUCAUGUGCUCUUUGGAAGAAAUCUGAGACUGAAUGUUGCUUUGACUCUUUGGCGGAAGAACGCAAGUGAACUAGUUGCAUAUUUGAACAGAAUACAAGACACAGGGGUGCUUGUUGAUUGUUUGCCUGUACUUACUAAAAGUCUUCAGGAAGAACAACCGUGUGUUUCAAUAGGCUGUUGUGUUGACCUUUUACCACAAGUGAAAAUGAUUCUUAACACUAAAUAUGAAGAACAUCUCAUUAUAGCUUUACACUGGGUUCAAUCUGUCAUUAAAAAAUGGUGGUCUGAGCUCUCCACAAACAACAAAAGCUUGCGUGAUGGCUUUUCAAAUGACAGCAGGAAUGUUCAGGCAAUGAAGACGAUGCUUCUUGAACUGUGGGAGGAGAAGAGACACUUAAGUUCAGUUCCAGGAACUGUAGGAGAAACGGCAAAGGUCAUAGAAUCAUAUGUGUCACAACUGCGCUGAUGUAUCAUUGUAGCACACAAUGGAGAUAACCACUACAAACUCUUGGUGCAUUUAAGCUCUUUGAUUGGAUUGGAGCUGGUGAUUCUGAAACCCAAUAGGCUGUGGUGAAUUGGGGAUAGAUGAACUGAACAUUUCAGACACUCCAAUUUCAGCACUGGAGGAGGAAUUCUUCCUGCAGGCACUGAAUGACUGCUUCACAUUGAAGUGGACUUGCUUAGGGGCACAUAGUCAACUCCAUGAGACUCUCUGGAAUCAGGCAACUCACUGAAGUGCCAAGCAGACGUUUUAACUGUUGCACUUGUGCUAUGGUGUGAAUCUGCUUAAGUGGAUGUGAUUGUGUAAGUGUACCUUUAUGAGAUGUUUUUUUUUCAGUCAUGCACUUGAAUUGCAGGAGUUUUAAGUUAUUAGUGUGUUGUUGUCCAUUGCCUGAUCAUGAAUGGAUAUUUAAGUGUAAUGUGUACAUAGUAAUUUUCUUUUAAUCAACUUUCAAAUAAAUUUACAUAAACUGAAA